GUGUGGCUGCUUUCAUUUUAGAUUUUCUACGAAAGCGCGUGGACUUGUAAUUUUGUGUGUUCCAUGCUGCUUGUUCUACAAAAAUUGUUUAAAAAUUUGAUUUAAUUGAAAAAGUGAUAAACGCUUGUACAUUAAAAUACACGUAUAAUGUUUGUUUUAUACGAAACUCCGGCGGGUUACGCCAUAUUCAAGUUGUUAGAUGAAAAGAAGGUGCAAGAAGUGGAUAACCUCUAUUUAGAAUUUCAAUCGCCUGAAAAAGCAAACAAGUUACUCAAACUAAAACACUUUGAGAAGUUUAAUGAUACCACCGAGGCUCUGGCAGCUGCUACUGCAGCCGUGGAAGGUAAAGUGUCGAAACCAUUGAAGAAAACUCUUAAGAAGUUGUUGAACGACGAAGUGCAGGAAUCAUUGUUGGUGGCCGAUGCAAAAUUGGGCAAUGCAAUCAAAGAAAAGUUCUCUGUUCAAUGUGUAUACAAUACUGGAGUUCAAGAGUUGAUGAGAUGUAUACGACAACAAGCGGAUAGUUUGUUGGGUGGUUUGCCAAAGAAGGAGAUGACUGCCAUGGCUUUGGGUUUGGCUCACAGUUUGUCGCGUUACAAGUUGAAGUUCUCACCUGAUAAAAUUGACACGAUGAUUGUGCAGGCACAAUGUUUGCUUGAUGACCUUGAUAAGGAACUGAACAACUAUAUGAUGAGAGCCAGGGAGUGGUACGGUUGGCAUUUUCCUGAAUUGGGCAAAAUCAUUACCGAUAACAUUGCUUUUGUAAAAACUAUUAAAUUGGUUGGCACAAGAGAAAAUAUGGCUAACACGGACUUGUCCGACAUCCUACCCGAAGAAGUUGAAGAAAAGGUCAAAGAAGCUGCAGAAAUUUCGAUGGGUACAGAGAUUUCGGAAGAAGAUAUUAUGAAUAUUCAGUGCUUGUGCGAUGAAAUUUUAUCUAUUAACGACUACAGGUCACACUUAUAUGAUUACCUUAAGACACGUAUGAUGGCCAUGGCCCCUAAUCUAACAGUUUUAGUAGGAGAAACUGUCGGCGCCCGUUUAAUUGCCCAUGCCGGCUCUUUGAUUAAUUUGGCUAAGCAUCCAUCUUCUACAGUACAAAUUUUGGGCGCUGAAAAAGCAUUAUUCCGAGCUCUUAAAACUAAAAAGGAUACGCCUAAGUACGGUUUAAUAUUUCACGCCCAAUUAGUUGGUCAAGCUAGUUUGAAAAACAAAGGAAAAAUGUCACGAUCUUUGGCUGCUAAAGCGUCAUUGGCUACACGUGUUGAUGCUUUUGGUGAAGAAGCCACGUUUGAACUAGGCGCUAGUCAUAAAGUUAAGUUGGAGGCCCGCUUAAGACUUUUGGAAGAAGGAAACUUGCGUAAACUUUCUGGCACUGGCAAAGCCAAAGCUAAAUUUGAAAAAUACCAAGCUAAAAGUGAGGUCUUCACAUACCAGCCUGAGGCAGAUAGCACAUUGUCAGCAAAAAAAAGGAAACAUUCGGAAUCAGGAACUGCAGAGUUUUCUACUCCUCUAAAGGCUCCAAAAGUUUCAGAAGAGGAUGAAGAGAAUAUGGCCACAGUAGAAGAAUCUACAGAGGAAGUUAAAUCUGAGAAGAAAAAGAAGAAGAAGAAAAACAAGAACAAGGACCAGGACCAGGAAGCACCCCAGGAAACAGAAGUAGAUGUAGAAACACCCACGCCGUCAAAGAAGAAAAAGUCCAAAAAAGAAAAAGAACAGUCUGACGACUAGUUUUUUAAGGUUUUAGACCUCUAUAGUUUUGUUAGCCAUUAUAUAAUUCAAAUAGACUUAUGAUUGUAUGCUCCUACCUUAGAUUUAAGAUUUUCAAGUGAGUUUUUCAUUCUUUUCUGUACAUUAGAUUAAUGUAUUAAUAUAUUCUUGUUUUACAAGAGUGUACAAAUUACAAAACAAUAGAAUGCAAAAUUUAAAGAAA